AUGGUGAAAAAUAUUGUCGUUUUGGGGGCGGGCGUCUCAGGCCUUACGAGUGCCCUCCUCCUUGCCAAAGAUACGAACAACUCGGUGACGGUCAUUGCGAAGCACAUGCCCGGUGACUAUGACAUUGAGUAUACGUCACCGUGGGCCGGUGCCAACUUUAUGCCCAUGUCUUUUGAGAAGCAGAGCCGCUGGGAGCGCAGGACAUGGCCUGAGCUCAAGCGGUUAGCUAAGGAUGUCCCCGAAGCUGGCAUUCACUUUCAGAAGGUUAGGGUCUGGCGACGCAAGAAAGACAUGGCGACUGGCAAUGCCUACGACGGUCUCUUCGCAGAUGACCCCUGGUUCCGUCAUCUCUUCGACGACUAUCGCGACCUGAAGCCCGAGGAACUGCCGGCCGCCGCCCAUUCCGGUAGCGAGUUCGGCUCUGUGUGUCUCAAUACGGCGCUUUACCUGCCCUGGCUUGUCGGCCAGUGUCGUCGUUACGGCGUCGUGGUCAAGCGUGCCGUCCUGUCGCAUAUCCACGAGGCAAAGGCGAUGCAUCACUCGGGCAAGCCGGCAGACUGCAUCGUCAACGCUAGUGGGCUACUCGCCUGUCGCCUAGGCGGCGUUGAAGACGCCACGGUCAUCCCGGCAAGAGGCCAGAUCGUGCUCGUCAGGAACGAGGCGACGCCGAUGUCGACGAUCAGCGGGACGGAGGACGUGGCGACGGAUGUAAGUUACCUCAUGCAACGGGCAUCGGGCGGCGGCACAAUCCUUGGCGGCACGUAUGAGAAGGGUAACUGGGAGGCCAACCCGGACCCGAACACGGCGAUCCGUAUCAUGAAGCGGUGCGUCGAGCUCAACCCGACUUUGACCAACGGCAAGGGCAUCGAGGCCUUGGACAUUAUCCGACAUGGUGUCGGACUACGGCCCACGAGGAAGGAUGGUGUUAGGCUGGAGACGGAUACGAGUAUUUUCGAGGACGGAACGCCCGUGGUUCACAACUAUGGACAUGCUGGCUGGGGAUUUCAGGGCUCUUAUGGAUGUGCUGAGCGGGUGGUGGAGCUCGUCAACGAGCUCGGUCAGGCCAGCAAAGCGAAGCUUUAG